UGUUAGUUUUUUGUUUUUUAUUGUUUUAUAGUGUAUAAUAAAAUAAAUGACAAAAAAGAAUGUUAUUGUUUAUGUGCAACCUCCUUUUUGCCACAAAAAGUCGAUUUACCGAAAACUACCGAAAUCUACCGAAAAUUGCUUAAGGAAUCUACCGAUGGCAAGCAAAUCGACGUGGCAACAUUGGGUGUUGGUUAAUAGGGGGUCGGAUAAUCGAGGCUCUACUGUAUUCAAUUUAAUGGACUACCUGAAUGAGACUCUCUUUGAAAAUGUUAAUUUGUAUAAAGGAAGUGUUUGUGGUGAUGAUUUUGAUUGCAUUAGACAUUUUACAAAAAUGAUGUGUAUCAAUAAUAAAUGUGACUGUGUUGAUAAUCAUGUAUAUGUACACAACUUUGACUUGGAUCCAUUAAACUCGAAUAUAUUUGACUGGAUAUUUGAUGAAAAAUAUUUGAGGGUUCAUGGAAAAUGUUAUAAAAUAGUAUCAUACAGGGAUAAGUGCGAAAGUAAUGCUCAGUGUCAAGCAACUGAUGAAAAUAUGAUAUGUAGUUAUAGUUCAUGUGCCUGUAAUAUGAACUAUAUAUAUGUGAAAUCAAUCAGAGAGGGAAGAAGAAAAUGCAACAGAAAAGAUAAUUCAAAGAAAUUUAAACUUAAUGAAACUCAACAUGUAAAUCAUACAGCUAUGAUAACUACUUGUGUUAUAAUGGGAGUAGUGAUCUUUAUUAUUUUUUUUGUAAAAAGGUAAGUUUUUCUUUUAAUUAUUUAAUUAUUUCUUUAAAAGUUCAAAUAAAAAAUAUUGCAAAUUGCAGAUGAUAAUAUCUAAAAAAAAGAGUUGUUACUUAAUAUCAUUGUGAAUAAGUUAAUAUGUAAUCUCACCCUUUUAAAUAUCCUGUGCACAGGCUUGUAUACAAACUGAGUUGUGGGCAACAUAAUCUAUGUAGGUUACCAAAUAGCCAUUAAAAAUUUUCAGUAAAUUAUCUUGGUAAUAAUUCUAUUUUAUUGUAUUCAUCUGCUGUAUUAAAACAUUCAUUUUGAUUAUUUGCAUGUUGUUGUACAUACCUGGUUAUUAACCAUAGUUGUUGUAAAUUACAUUGCUGUAAAUCCUAAAAAAAAAAAAAAAAAAAAAAAUAA